AUGAAGGAUGUGUUGGCGGUAGGAAGGUUGCAAGCGGGAUCUACGAGCAGUCGAGAGAGGACUGGUGAUGUCGUCGUAACCGGUCCACCAUUCAACCGCCAGCAACCACCAACGAAGACUGACCUGUACCCGACUGGAUGGAAUCGCGCAACGCUCACGCUAAUCAAGCGUCUUGCAUUGUUUCCGGAUUGUCACUAUUGA